AUGCCACGCCCAACAACAGCCUACCUCCUCUCACCCCUACUCCCCAUCCCCGGCACACACGAAAUCACCCUCAACCGCCAAAUGUGUCUCGGCACCCGGUCUCUCCUCCAUCCCCGGUCCAACCCAGUCACCAUGAUCAAAGCCCAGACCCAGGACCAGACCCAGACCCCCUUCACGCCCCUACCCCCUCCGUCUCUCGGCCUCGGUCUCGGUCUCGGUAUGCGUCGUCCACCGUCACCAUCACCGGGGUCUGCAGCCCGUCCGUGGGCGUGGAUCGGCGAUGGGUGGGCGUAUGAAAUGGAUGCGUUCAAGAUUGCGGAUGAUGAUGGGGAUGAGGAGUAUGAGAGGGGGGAAAAGGAGCGGAGUGAGAAGGAGAAGAAGGAGAUGACUAGCAAAGAGACACGCUCAACCAUGGGACCCAACACCAACACCAAAGACACCAACCCCAACAACCACCCCGUCCCAGACACCCCCUCCUCUCCGCCCCGUAAACGCAAACGCAACAUCUUCCGCCGCCUCUUCGGCCGUCACCACCACCCCCCCGGCUGCUCCCCCUCUGACCCCCAACGCACCCACAACCGCGCCCGCUGGGGCAAAUACAUCGCCCUCCUCAGCGCCGAACAAGCCGCCGCCGACCGCGAAGGCCCCUCCGACAUCGAGAUGACGACGCUAGAGGGGGUUGAGAGACGACGGGCGGGGACGAUUCCCGCUGAGAAGAGGUUGGGGAAGGGGUGUGGGUUGAGUUUGGAGAGGGGUGAGAGGGUUGGUGAGUCGAGUUUUGAGAGGUUUGAGAGGUGUGGUGGGAUGGGGGGGAAUGAUGAGGAGGAUUGGAGGGAACCUGGGAUUUUAAUUGUGCAGCCGGAGAAGGAGGUUGACGAGGGGAUUGCGAGAAGGGAGGGGUUGUGGAUGAAGGCGAGUCCGAGGAGGAGGGUGGUUGUUGUUGAGGGGGGAAAGGUUGGUGAGGAGAAGUUGGCGGAGAUUGUGAAGAGGGAGAGGACGGUAGGGAGGGAGGUUGUUUAG